CCGAGGGUAGUCCCUCAGAUUGGAACCUCAGCCCUGAGGAAUGCAGACUCUCACUUGGCUGGACACUUUGACCAUGGACCGGGAUCCGAAUGAGGAUGACAGUGUGGCUGACCUCAGUUUUGAGGCUGAGAGUCCUGUGGCGCCCCCUGAUGAGCUCCUGGAAGGACUGCCCAGCUAUGACUGGCUUCUUCAAGGGCGCGGAGGACAGGUCUUCUUUCCAUCCCUAGAGUCCCUGGGAAGGUCCCAGGAGCCUGCAUCUUGGUCCUCAGUCCUGGAGCAUAGCAGAGUCCCUGUGGUGACUGAGGAGGUGGCCCGGGAGGCCCUGGUCAGCUUCGUGAACUCUCAGUGUUGCUAUAGCACUGCGGCUGCUGGCAACAUCAUCAUCCAGGAGCUGCGACAGCAAACCCUCUGCAGGUAUCGCCUGGAGACCUUCAGCGAAUCCCGGGGCAGCGAGUGGACAUUUCAGCCCGUCACCAACCACUCGGUGGAUGGACCGCAGAGAGGUGCCUCUCCCAGACUCUGGGACAUGAAGGUCCAGGUGCCUCCGAUGUUUCAGGAAGACACCAGAAAGUUCCAAGUGCCUCACUCCUCUCUGGUCAAGGAAUGUCACAAAUGCCACGGGCGUGGCCGCUAUAAGUGCAGCGGCUGCCAUGGGGCCGGCAUGGUGAGGUGUUCGUCCUGCAGUGGUACCAAGCGAAAGGCCAGGCAGCCCCGGAGAUGCCAUAUGUGUUCGGGAUCCGGCAGGCGCAGGUGUAGCACCUGCUCUGGGAGGGGGAACAAGACAUGUGCCACCUGCAAGGGGGAGAGGAAGCUGGAGCACUUUGUCCAACUGGUCAUCAUGUGGAAGAACAGCCUGUUUGAGUUUGUGUCCCCACACCACCUCCACUGCCCCGGGGAGCUGCUUGCCAAAGCCAGAGGAGAAAACCUCUUCAGGGACGAGAAUGCCACGGUGUACCCCAUUGUGGACUUUCCCCUGCGGGAUAUCUCUCUGGCCUCCCAGAGGGGCAUUGAGGAGCACAAUACUGCUCUGGCCUCCCGGAGUGCGCGCAUCCUUCAGCAGCGCCAGACCAUCGAGCUGAUCCCCAUCACAGAAGUUCACUACUGGUACCAAGGAAAGACUUCUGUCUACUACAUCUAUGGCACCGACCACCAGGUAUACGUGGCUGACUACCCCAAGCGAUACUGCUGUGGAUGCACGAUCCUCUGAUGGACAGAGCUGUCCCCAGAGUCCACCGGUUACAUCUGCCAAGGGGACAGCGGUGCUCUUGAAGUUUAGUUGUGUUGGUGGAUGUUGGACAACCCCUUGCAAACUCCAGAAGUCUUUCUGAACAAUUGGUUAAUCAUCUGUCCAGACUCCACCCCUGAUGGGGCUCGGCUGGUGGGGCCCAUGUUUAACUUAUAAGAAUUUUCCUAAGCAACUUCCUGUAGAAUAAUGAAGAGAAGUAACAUAAAUGGUGGGGGCUCCGCCUCCCCCCAAUCUAAUACCCCAGUUGUAUGUGGGGUCUUGUAUUGGUGAUCCCUAUUUUAGUCUGGAUUCUGCUAUGAGCCUUGGAGCAUGCCCAACGGUAUAGAAGUGUUGAAAUGUAAUUACAGGUUGACUUCUGCCCAGCACUUUUGCUUUCUGUCCUCUGGGCUGGAAACACUGCUUUAGCCACUGCUGAAAUAGUUCCGUUGUACCAAUGCCAGGUCUGAGGCUUCCCUUUGAGGUUAGAAGGCUGUGGCGGUUCAAAGAUGGGCGCCCUAGUCAUCCGAAGGCCACUUCCAUCUGGAGCUGCCCACCAGGCUAUCCAGUCUGGGUUUCCUCACAACAUGGAAGCUCUAUGGUGACUGUCGUUCAUGGGUACCGUGAUGGCUGAUUGAUGUUGACUGUGAACUUGCCAGAAUCUAGAAUCACCCAGCAGCCAAACCUUUGGGUGUAUCCAUGAGAGAGUUUCUAGAUUAGACAAAUUGAGGUGACGAUGUCACCCGUCUUUAGCGGUGAAUAGCUCCAUU